AUGGCAUCAUCUUCUUUUGGAUCCGGUCUUCUCUUUGCCAUGGUCGUAGUGACGCAUGUUAUUGAGGCCAGCACUAAACUGAUCAUGAAAAGUACAAGUGACCAAUCCUCUGGAAGUCCUAACACCCUAUCAUCCCUCAGCUCAGAGGAACUGGGGCAUGGGCUUCAGAGAAGACUGGGUGGGUACAAGGAGGGACUGAAUGCAGUGCAGCUGAGUGACAGGCCUUGCCAUGUUGUUAUUCAGACGCAGUAUGAUAGGCCUGAGCUGGAGGGCCUUAGCCCUGUGCGUGUAGAGAUGGGUCCAGGAGACAAAAGGAAAAGAAUCAUGGCUAACAGCAAGAGUCAUCAGUCUGGAUACAGGGAGUUUGAAAAGCAUAGGACUAAGGCUCUGAAUGGCAGAGAACCUGAGCUUGCAAUCAAAGAACAGAAGGUUUCAGUAGAGCAGAGUCUCGGAAAGCCCACCUUUUCCCCCAUGCUGACUGAAACCAGCUCUGGCACCUCCAUAUCUUCAGUAUCUUCAGGAGGGGGUGAUGUAGCUAAGGAUGUUGUAUCUAUCCUUGGCAUGACAUUGUCUGACCGAGCUGAUUAUGAGGCUGUGAAACCUGCAGAAACACAGCAGCCCUCUAAAAAGAAAGGCAGGCAGUAUACAAAGAGGUCCAGCAGUGAGAAGAAGACGAUGACUUCUAAAGAAGCCGUGAGCUGUGAUCAUCAUUUGGACUGUGUGCCAGGUUCCUGCUGCAACCUCAGAAAACACACAUGCGACCCUCAUAAUCGAGGCCUCAAUAACAAGUGCUAUGAUGACUGUAUGUGUGAAGAAGGUCUCCGCUGCUUCUCUAAGUUUCACCACCAUCAUCAAAACGUUAUCCGAAAAAAGGGACGUUGUGUUGAUCCAGAGUAUAUAAACACUGGCCAUAGGGCAUUCACUGCCGUCUGA